AUGGAUGAAAGUGAGAGUGCUGUGCGUGUGAUGAAAGCAACCCGCACGCUGAGCCUUGACGCGCCAGAGGCGGCCCUUGUGGAUGUCCAUGGUUACGCCGGUGAGCCUGCUGUUUAUUCCCUUAGUACUGAAUAUGCGCAGGGCGACGAGAGCGAGGCAGGACCAUCCUCGCAUCUUGCGCGUGCCUCGUCGUUGGCGGCCAAAGCACCGCACGAGGCGCCAGGCACACUUCCUCGCAAGAUACCUAGUGCGUCUUUGGACCUCUCGGACGCCACGUCCAGCGAUGGUGAAGGCGAUGAUCGAGUGCACCUUUGCGAGAUACCCGAAAACUUGCCGCAGGGUGACUUGUACCUGUGUGGCCCACACACGGCUGGCGCCCAGGAUACCAGUGAUGGCGGCUCUCGUGAAGCGAUUUGUCAUGCUCUGGGUGCCUGUGUAGAAGCUGUGGACCGUGUGGUGGCUGGGGCGAAGGCCGCUUGCCCCGUGCAUUGGUCCGAGCAGGUGCAACCGUCGCCUGUUAGUCUGGAUGACGUGCCUGUGACACGGCCCGUACCACACCAGCCGGCCAAACGAGCCUUUGUUUUAUCACGCCCGCCAGGUCACCAUUGUAGUGGGGCUGAGCCGUCCGGCUUCUGCUGGGUUAACAAUGCUGUGGUCGCAGCGGCGCACGCCUACCGUGCUCAUAAGAUCGAUCGAAUUUUGGUGUUGGAUAUUGACUUGCACCAUGGUAAUGGCACACAAGCCCUGGUGUGGCGCAUGAAUGCCGAUGCCGCAGAAGCUGACCAGCGACGGCAAGCCAAGCUCUCGUCUACAUUGCGGCAGGCCAGCAAAGGUUCGACGCCUGCUACACGGAGUGCGGCCAAGGCGGCCGAGGCGGCUCGCACACCCUACCAGCAGCUGCUACACGAAGAGUCACUUGUGGGUCCUCGUGCACAGCGCUUGUUCUAUGGGAGCCUGCAUGACAUUGAAAGUUACCCUUGUGAAAAUGGCGAUAUGGACCUGAUUCGCAACGCUAGUGUAUGUCUCGCUGGUGCGCAUGGUCAAUGGAUUUGGAAUGACGACGCGGAGUUUGAGCAACUCUAUCGGAGCAAGUACUCAAAAUUGUUCGAGCAGGCGCGCCGCUUUGUGCGUGACACUAAGGCGCUCCCUGAACGUACAUUGGUGUUGAUCUCUUGCGGCUUUGAUGCGUGCACGUAUGAAUACCCCGGUAUGCAGCGCCAUGGAAAGCAUGUGCCGCCCCAAUUUUAUGCAAUGUUUGCGCGUGACGCCGUGGCACUAGCAAAUGAAUGCUCAGAUGGCAAGAUUAUUAGUAUGCUUGAAGGCGGAUACUCAGACCGUGCCCUGAUCAGCGGUGCGCUCGCGCACAUUGGCGGAUUGGCGGAUAUGCCGUGGGCUGCUAGUAGCUGGUCCCGAGCGCAAGCCCCAUGGAGCCUUGAGAAUGUGGCAAUGCUUGAAAAGAUGGCGAAGCGAGUCGUGCUGUCAACAGGAGACAAGUCGAUUACAGCUAGUGUCGGCCGUCGGCGGCCUGCGCCGUCCGCUGCGUGGCUUGUGCGCGCCUCAAAACACUUCGCGUCUUACCAGCGUGCGUGUGGGAUCGCAGCUCGCCCGCUCGAGUCGACUAGUCAGCCAUCCACGCCCCGGAAGGCGGCAUUGCGUGGCUUGGACCUCGAUCUGGCAACACCCUCCCACAGCACGGCCGGUGGGCACCAGUUGCGAGAUCGCAGCGUACGGCGGACACGCUCGCAUGCGAGUCUGUGGACUGACGGGACCCCGUCUCGCACCCGCGCACGGCCGCGCGCACCGCUGGAGCCUACGCCAAGCCUGCCAUGGACACCGCGGAAACAGGCAGAUCCAUCAAUUCUCGUGCCAGGGGCUUUGCCUGUGGAGAGCGCUGGUCCUGCCACGCCAAUGCAGCCAGGACCUUCGCAGGAUGACACAUCAAAUACGCUCAUGGAUUUGCUGGGGCGCCUGCAAUUACAGGAGCCUUCGAAAUAA